AGACGUCCCCCUCGCGCACGUUCUCUCUUUCACUUUCUCUUUGCACUUCCGAGUUUCCCGUAGUUGUUUUGAAGAAAACCGAACUGCAACGUCAUCGUCAACGCGUUGAUUUUACACCUCUUAUAUGAAUAACCCGGAAGUCUGUAGGUUUCAUACCGCGAGUAUGUGGGGAAGGGACCACAUCUGUCCUGUUCGGUAGUUAGAGGGACCCGCUGAAAACUCACCUUCACACAGGUGGGAGCACUUGUGACAUUGGCUAACAAACAGUGCUGUCAACAUCUGUAAGGAGAAAUGCCUGAAACUUGCCACGUGAUGUUCAUUAUCAGGCCAAAUAACUGAAGACAGGAACUACACCAUCGGAGUGAAGCAAUUUUUUUUUUUUUUAAGGCCACAAAAAUGCAUUUCCAGAAGCUCCUCUUUGAUAUAGGGAAGGCCCUCAGCGGGGAAGAGGUAAAAGCUUUAGCAUUCCUCUGCACCGACAUCCUGGGCCGAAACCUGAGCUCGGUGGAGUCGGCCAGCGGGCUCUUCUCUCGUCUGCGGGAUCAGGGCUUCCUGUCUGCUGAGCAGCCACAUCUGCUGACCGAGCUCCUCAUCAUCAUCCAACGCGUCCGACUGACACGUGACGUCGACCUCCCUGCCGAACCUUCGAGCCUCAUCUCCCCGUACAGGAAGAUGCUUUACAACCUCUCUGAGGAGCUUACUGCCGAUGACUUGAAAGACAUGAAGUUCUUGUUACACAGCUAUCUCCCACGUAGAAAACUGGAAGAAAAUGUCUCUACACUGGAAAUCUGGCUUGAGAUGGAGCACAAAGACCUCAUGAAUGAACAUAACCUACAUUUACUGGAGAUCCUCAUUUCCAAAGUCUGUCCCAUGUUGAAAGACAAAAUCAACCAGUUAAAAGCACAGCAGGAAACUCCCACCAGUCCUGCAACUCAAGAAUCAGGUCGACAAGGGUCUCUGUCGGCCCCUAAUGCACCAAACCAGGUCCCUCAAUCUUUAGGUGCAGAGGGGACCGGCUUGUUUGAAAUGCAAGAUUCACCAAGUGGGUUUAAUGGUGGAGGCGACUGUGCGGCCCUCUCGCUUGGACUGAGCGGUCAUUUGAAGAUAGAGGUUGUGGAAACAAUGCCGCCCCCAAAAAACAUGUCCUGCUCUGAACCACCGACUUCCCAGCCGUCAGACACAAACACUGAGGUUUUGGGAACUUAUCCCAUGACUUCAGCAAAGAGGGGGAUCUGCUUGAUAGUUAACAACUUCGACUUCACUAAAUUCAAAAAUUACCAAAACCGGGAAGGGACCAUGAAGGACGAAGAGCGCCUGCACAAAGUGUUUGCGUGGCUCGGCUUUGAGGUGGAGGUAAAGCACGACUGCGAGGGCGAGCAGAUGCUGACUGCGUUGCGGGAGCUCGCCAGCAGAAACCACGGCCAGGCGGACUGUCUAGUGUGCUGCGUCCUCAGCCACGGCGACGAGGGAUGUGUCUACGGCGUGGACGGCCACACCGUGGCCAUCAAGGAGCUGAAGGAACCUUUCAACGGGUUAAACUGCGCCUCCUUGGCAGGGAAACCCAAGCUGUUUUUUAUCCAGGCCUGCCAGGGCACCGGCGAGCAGAAGGCGGUCAACGUUGUUCCUGACGGUCCAGAAGAUAGUGCUGUUUGCAGCGAUGCUUUUAAAGCUAGUGAUGCCAUCCCGUCCGAAGCAGACUUUCUGCUUGGAAUGUCCACCGUCCCUUCGUUUGUCUCUUACAGACACAGGAAAAAUGGCUCGUGGUUUAUUGAGUCAUUGUGCCAAAACCUCGUCCAAAUGGUGCCAAAAGGCUGUGACCUUGUGUCUAUCAUGACACUAGUGAAUGCAGAUGUUGCCAAGAAGACCGAUGAAGCCGGUGUCAAAAAGCAGAUGCCUCAACCAGCCUUCUCCCUCAGGAGGAAAGUGGUCUUUCCGAUCCCCAAAGGCCUCCCGCCAAGCCUGUCGCACUGAUGACAAACACCCGAAACACAGAUUUCCUCUAUUCAGUUUUUAUGUUGAACUUCUGGUUUGAGUUGAUCAUUCACAUUGAUCACAGCUGUAACUGCAAAAGCCAAAAUCCCAUUCAUCUUAUCUCAUUAUUUUUAAUGUGCUUUUAAUGCGAAUAUGUAUGAAUAUGAUAUUAUUGUUUACUCUGUCAAAAAAUAUAAUUGUAUAACAGCUGCCACACAUUAGAAACACAAAGUUAAAUACAGCACUUUUCUAUCGAUGAUGCAAUAGAUUUUAUAUACGCUGCCAUUGUGAAACUAUUUUGUUAUUUCUCCUUGAUUUGAUUGUAAAUGUGUUUGUAAGUUCGGCCUUCUUCACUGCAGCUCCUCCAGUGACGGGCUCAGCUUGUAACGUCCAUAAUGCCAAAUAUGUUGUGCCAAAGCUGAAAAUGUGGCGGCACUGGGCCUACGGUGACCUCUAUGCAGAAACAUCCACGUUCAGACGUACGAAAUGUUUAGUAGGUGCAUAUCCACACGUCUCAUCGGCGGCCCCUCAACCAAAAUAAAACAUAUUUUCUGGCUAAACUACA